CCCUUUCUUUCCAAAUCUACUUCCGGGAGCUUUUAUUCUGACAAACCGGAAGUGUCCCAUUUAUGCUGCUGGGCUUGACGCUGGUGGUGUCGAGAAGCAUCCAGCUCGCCCGCAUUCCUCUUCUCCCUCUCUGGCGACAGCCUGACGGAGACGUAGGAAAAAAGAACCAAAGGCAGACAAGAAAACUAAAACGGUCCACCAGCACCAUCUUUUAACUGGAUUUUUUAAUAAACCGAGAGUGGACUCACACGGGAGACCGGAUGACCAAAUAUGGCCGCGACUAAAUAAGCACGUCAGAGCCUGCUGAUGGACUUUUGGACCUAAUAGCAGCGUGAAAGAACAAAAAAAACAUUUUAUUGUUGUGGUGUUCCGUGCUGAAUGUCGACUAAAAUGAAGUGGAGCUUCGGUGGAACAACAACGAAGCUCUCCACGGUGGCUAUCCUGUGUUGUUUUAAUACCAAGAUGGCUGAUGACAGCUAGCCCUAACAAGGACAGCAGCAAAGAGAGAGAGAGAGAGAGCGACGUCUCCCCUUUUCAAACAUCUCCUCGUCGUGUAUAUAUUUUUGUAUUUUUCUCCGAAGAACACUGCUUUUUUUAUAUAGCAUUCACAACAAUACUGCAUUUGGUUGUCGCCUUGUGAGGAAAGUGCGUGUUAAAAUGGUGAGGUGAGUCUUUCCAUGAUUUGAGUCGAGAUAAGGAAGUGGAUCAGAUAUGUCGUUGAAUUGUGAAAAAUCGAAUUAAAUCGUCUUUUUACGGUUUAUUUGAUCGAUGUGUCGACAUUCCUACGGAUCCUUUUUUGAAAGCUUUUUUUUUUUGUUUAGCUUAGCUCAGUUAGCUUCACUCCACCAUUUAAGAGCCCAAAUAUGCCGAGAAUAUGCGGUUUUUUAUUAUUUAUGAUUUAGCCACCUAAUGAGAUUGGAAGGCGUUUUGUUGUCGAGUGGAAAGUGCUAGAAGGAAAUAUAUGUAUGUGCAUUUUAUCAUGGCGUUUUCACGUCAAAUUACAGCCUCCGAGGCGACGCCGCUGUUAAUCCGACGUGAGCGAGCUUGUUCCGGGUUGGUGGUGCAUUCACGGCCGCUGUAACAGAACCGAGCCCUGGCUUUUCGGCAAGAAAAAAAAGGGGGAAUAAAUCAGGUUUUUGUUUUUUUUAAAGAGCUGCGUUAGUGUAUUUGUAUGUGUGGUAAAUCAGGGUGUGGGCCUGUGUGGUUCAGUUCUGGGUCCAGGUUGAUAUUAGUCGUAUUCAAUGUGAGGCUUGUCUGCAGAUUAAUCAUUUUGCCUGUUAAGUUAUCCGUGCCUUGUUUGAAUUCCAAGGUUUACCUGCAGGCUUGUAGCUUCCUGUAGGCCACACAAACACAGGCCCUGUAGUGUGUGUCAUCGUGGGGAAGUUUGCAGGCAGCCUUGCUCUCUUUCUCUCUCUCUCUCUGCUAUCAGUUUACUGGAACUUCACGCUACAGCAAUAACUAACCGCAAGUCAGAGUUUGUGAGGGCCGAGUUACUUUGGCGUGAUCCGUCAAGACUACGUCAGGUCGUGUUUUUUUUCCCUUUUACCCCCGGCCCCUCCGAAACUGGCAGGUUUCGGGUUCCCUAGGAACAGAAAGACGGAAACCCGGAGGAGCCGGCGUAUGUCUGCCCGCGCCACCAUGACGUCCGACAUGGCCGAGACGUGGAGGAACUGUUUCGAGGAAGAGCUCAUAUGCCCCAUCUGCCUGCACGUCUUCUCGGAGCCCAUCCAGCUGCCCUGCAAGCACAACUUCUGCCGGGCCUGCAUCAGCGAGGCGUGGGCCAAGGACUCGUCGAUAACCCGCUGCCCCGAGUGCAACCACGCGUACGCGCAGAAGCCCAGCCUGGAGAAGAACCACAAGCUGUCCAACAUCGUGGAGAAGUACAACGCCCUGAGCGUGGAGAAGGCCCAGUCGCCGCCGCCGCAGUGCAUCCUGUGCCGCCGCGGCCCGCCGCUCCCCGCCGUCAAGGUGUGCCUGCGCUGCAACGCGCCGUGCUGCCAGUCGCACGUCCAGACGCACCUGCAGCAGCCGUGCUCGGCGCUCGGGCACCUGCUGGUCGAGGCCGAGGCCGUGAAGGCGUGGACGUGCCCGCAGCACGACGAGUACCGGCUCUACCACUGCGAGGCUGAGCAGACGGCGGUGUGCCAGUACUGCUGUUUUGCACGCUGCCACCCCAGUCACGGGCACGCCGUCGCUGACGUGGAGCUCCGCCGCAACGACAUCAGACAAAGCUUGCUGAGGCAGCAGGAGCGCGUGGAGGAGCGCGUGCAGGAGAUCGAGGAGCAGCUAUGCAAGCUGGAGUCGGACAAGUGUGUGGUGGAGGACCGCGUGUGCGAGCUGAAGGAGGACGUGCGUCUGCAGUACCAGCGCAUGCACCAGCUCCUGGAGGAGGACCUGGGGCGCACGCUGGAGGCCCUGGAGCGGGCCCAGGCCCGCUUCUGCCAGGAGAACGCCGCCCAGGUGCUGGCGCUGGGCGAGCAGCGCCACGAGGCCCAGAAGCUGAUGAGCUCCAUCAACACGGCCUUCGGCAAGGCGGAGGAGCUGAGCUUCAUGAAGAACACCAAGCCCGUCAAGAUCCUCACAGACAGGUCCCAGGCGUGUGUGGGGAACAGUCUGCCCCCCUAUAAAGUAGGGAACCUCAACGCCAAGCUUUUCCUCUCCGAAAUCUCCAAACGAGAGAAGAGCUUGAAGAGAACUCUGGAAGCCCCCUUAACGCCCCCCGCCACCUUCCUGCAGUCCGUGCCGGCGUACCCGAGCGGCCAGAGCUCCGUUUCCGGAGCGGAGAAACGGAAACAUUCCACAGCCUUCCCGGAGGGCGCCGGGAAGAACGCCGCGCCCGGUUUCAAAGACGCCUCCUCCUCCUCCUCCUCCUCGUCUUCUUCCUCGGCGCUGGCGAGCAAGCAGCCCUACCUGGGCUCCGCCUCCUCCUCUGCCGGGGAGGGUCAGUCCACCAAUCAGCAGCCUCUAGGCCCGUGCGGCCCGCCUCACAUCAGCGAAGGCGGCGGCGGGAGCGCGGGGAGCGGCUCGUUGGCCAGCCACCACUCCGGCGCCGUCUUCGGCACCUCGCACUUCCCCCCCGGGGGCGGCGGCGGCGGCUCCUCGCAUUCCUCCCAGCAGGCGGUGCUGCCCCAGUACGGCGGUCGCAAGAUCCUGGUGUGCACCAUGGAUAACUGCUACUGCUCCGGGGUGGCGUCCGUGUCGGGCCACCGCGGCCACCCGCCGUACUCGCGCUCGGGCUCCUUCCCCUGGGUCAGCGCCCAGGACUACCCGCCGCCCCCCGGCCUGGCCUCUGGGGGGCCGUCCAUGCAGGGGCUGGCGGUGCGAGACUGGAUAGACGCCUCGCAGUCGCACAGACACGCCGACUUCUACGGGCUGUACGGCCAACCCUCCACUAAGCACUACGUCACCAGUUAACUACACCACCCUCUAACCCACACCUGUCAACUGAUGGGCACCUCUAGGACUUAUUAUACACAUUCGGGGGCAGGGUUGAUCCGUGUUUGAUUUCCUUCCUUUCGGCGUGUGUUUUGUUAUGUACCCUUUCAAAACAAAACCUUCUAGGAGAAGAUAGAGCAGGACUAUGUCUUUUUUAUUUAUGACGCUUUGGAGAGGGAAACAAAUCCUCCAUACCUCCCCCAAGGCUUGGGUGAAAGUGAGAGGGAAAAGAUGAAAGUUCCGGCUGUUCUGAGGUCAGUUGCCUUACGUUGUCAUUUCUUUCAGCCUUGUUCACACUGCAGGUCCUUGCCCCUCUUUUUGCUCGUGUGUGUGUCGGAUGGGAUGACAGUGCAGUCCUCCAUUGUCCCUCAGACCCUCAGACCGCCCUCUUUCCUAUGAGGCUAGAAAUGGCAUAUAAAAGCGUUGCGUCCUCAAUGGUCGCAGAACGUCAUCGAGAAGCAUCAUAAUUAGACUGUUAACAAGUUAAAGUACCAAUGAUUGUCACACACACACACACACACACACACACACUAAGUGUGGUGAAAUGUGUCCUCUGCAUUUGACCCAUCCCCUUGUUCACCCCCUGGGAGGUGAGGGGAGCAGUGGGCAGCAGCGGUGGCCGCGCCCAGGAAUCACUUUUGGUGAUUUAACCCCCAAUUCCAUCCCUUGAUGCCGAGUGCCAAGCAGGGAACUAUAGUUGGCAACGGAGCAGAAAAUGUUUUAAAGUUCCACCACUUUGACUGCCCACACACACGCACACACACACACACACACACACACGCACACACACGCACACACACACGCACACACACACUCUACAAGCAAAAUGUUCCGUAAAACUGUGAGAGACCAAAUGUCUGUCCUCAUGCUUCUUAAGCUUCUACACCAGGGCUCCCCACAUUUGGUGAAAACAAUUUGGCCUGUGUGUGUGUAUAUAUGCGUAUGUAUAUAUAUAUAUAUAUAUAUAUAUAUAUAUAUAUAUAUAUAU